UUGCAGUAGAAGAAAAGCGUGUAAGGUCACUCAUGGCUUCAUCGAUGUGCCAAGGAAUCAUAAGGAAUAGCCGGCGAGCGGCGGCGUUGGGGAGAUUUAUGUCGACGGCGUCUUGGUGGGGUCACGUUGAGCCGGCUGCGAAGGAUCCAAUCCUCGGAGUAACGGAGGCUUUCCUCGCCGAUGCGAGCCCUGAUAAAGUUAAUGUCGGAGUUGGAGCUUAUCGAGAUAACAAUGGAAAGCCGGUGGUUCUGGAAUGUGUUCGGGAAGCAGAGAAGAGGAUUGCGGGAAACCUAAAUAUGGAGUAUCUUCCAAUGGGAGGCAGCAUCAAGAUGAUUGAAGAGUCAUUGAAGUUAGCAUAUGGGGAUGAUUCCGAGUUAAUAAAAGAAAAACGCAUCGCAGCAGUUCAAGCACUAUCAGGAACUGGGGCAUGUCGGCUUUUUGCAGAUUUUCAGAAACGUUUCUUGCCUGAUUCACAAAUUUAUAUACCCAUACCUACCUGGGCAAAUCAUCAUAACAUUUGGAGGGAUGCCCAUGUUCCUCAGAGGACAUUUCGCUACUACCAUCCAGAAACAAAGGGACUUGAUUUUGCGGCCAUGCUGGAUGAUAUUAAGAAUGCACCCAACGGUUCGUUCUUUUUGCUUCAUGCAUGUGCGCAUAAUCCUACUGGGGUUGAUCCAUCUGAAGAUCAAUGGAGAGAGAUAUCACAUCUGUUCAAGAUUAAGAAUCAUUUCCCAUUCUUUGACAUGGCAUACCAAGGCUUUGCUAGUGGUGACCCCGAGAGAGAUGCCAAAGCGAUUCGGAUUUUCCUCGAGGACGGGCAUAUGAUUGGUUGCGCCCAGUCUUUUGCGAAAAAUAUGGGACUCUAUGGGCAGAGAGUUGGAUGCCUCAGUUCUUUUUGUGAAGACGAUAUACAAGCAGUUGCAGUUAAGAGUCAAUUGCAGCAGCUUGCUAGGCCUAUGUAUAGCAAUCCACCAAUUCAUGGCGCACUUGUUGUUUCCAUCAUCCUUAGUGAUGCCGAGCUAAAAAGCUUAUGGCUUAAGGAAGUUAAGGCUAUGGCUGAUCGUAUCAUCGGAAUGCGAAGUGCGCUGCGUGAAAACAUUGAAAAUUUGGGAUCCAACUUGUCAUGGGAGCAUAUAACUAAUCAGAUUGGAAUGUUCUGCUACAGUGGAUUGACUCCAGAACAAGUAGAUCGCCUGACUAAUGAUUUUCAUAUUUACAUGACCAGAAACGGUCGAAUCAGCAUGGCAGGAGUUACCACAGGCAAUUUGGGUUACUUGGCUGCUGCUAUUCAUGAGGUCACCAAAGCUUCAUCAAGCUAAAGAGUCUAUUUAUGAAGAUUGAAAAAUAAAUUUUAAUUUUAGCUGGGAAAAAAAAAGGAAAAAACAAUUGCCCUUCUAAUUUUUUCUCGAUGAUUUGUGAGGCAUAAUAAUUUUUUUCC